AUGAAUCGAGGUGGUGGAGGUGGACGAAAGGUCCUUCUUCCCCCAAUCAACUUCAUCUUCAAGCUUCUUCAACAGCAUACGCCAGUAUCAAUUUGGUUGUACGAGCAAUUGGGAAUCAGAAUUGAGGGGAAGAUCAGAGGCUUCGACGAAUUCAUGAAUUUGGUGCUUGAUGAUGCAGUGGAGGUUAAGCAAGCUACAAAGGACAAAGCGGAGAGUCGUAGGGCGUUGGGACAAAUUCUAUUGAAGGGUGAUAACGUGUCGUUGAUCCAGAGCGCGAGUGGAUAA